AUGUCUGUUAUUGAAGCAAAUUUUGAGAAUUGUUCAAAGAGAAGGAUAUAUGAUAUCACAAAUGUUCUCGAAGGAAUUGGAUUGAUAGAGAAAACUUCGAAGAACCACAUUAGAUGGAAGAGAUCUGAUGAUGGGUUCAAAGGAGCUGGAAGAAAAGCACGAAGUCUUAGUUCUUUGAACGAAGGUGCAAAUUAUCAAAAGUAUCUUUUUUUGACGGAGGAAGAUAUAAUGAGCCUCCCAUGCUUCCAGAAUCAAACAGUUUUUGCAAUUAAAGCUCCUCAAUAUUCUUAUAUAGAAGUUCCUGAUACCGAUGAGGAUAAAUGUUUUUCACAAAAGCAAUAUAAAAUGAUUAUCAGAAGUCAUAACGGGCCAAUUGAUCUGUACCUCCUGAGCAAAUGUGGUCAAGUCGAGGAUAUCACUGCUAAGCAGGCAGGAUCGAUGGGUACAUUGUCAUGGUAGUGUGGAGUGCAACACCCAGAGCCUUCUUCCGAAAACAAUAAUUCUUCUAAAACAGUCAAUUUGCUUUGCCCCGAGAAAAGUGGGAUUCCAAAGAUAAUUCCGACGGUUAGUAAUGUAAGUGCAUUCAAAGUCGUCAUGGAGAUUGAUGAUGAUUACUGGUUCCGAUCGGAUCCUGAUGUUAGCAUCACCCAGUUGUGGGAUGCAUAA